AAACAUAAAUAAGUUGUGUAACGAUAAAAAUAGGGCAAAUUCGACAAGGUUUUUACAGCAAUCCCUUCAAAACUGCGAGCUCACAGAGCAUACUUUCGCCGAUGGCUUACAAAUCGGCGUUCGAUGCUUCAGCCAUUAAAGCCGACCUCGAGGCCGUCGGAGUUAACCCUAAUUUCGCCCCCCUCAUCUGGAAACACGUCUUGAAAAACCCCAAUUGCCAGUGGGACGAAAUCCCCUCUCUACCCUCGUCAGCCUACCCUCUCCUCAAUUCCAAGUUCAGACCCUGCACCUCCGCUCUUCACUCCGCCGUAAAUUCUUCCGACGAUGUCACCACGAAGCUCCUCAUAAAAUUGCAGAAUGGUGAAUUUGUGGAGGCCGUGAUAAUGAGAUACGAUUCGCGGUUAGGUAAAUACGAUGGGAAGCCUCGUCCGGGUGGUCCCAGGGCAACCCUGUGCAUAUCUUCUCAGGUUGGAUGCAAAAUGGGUUGCAACUUCUGUGCGACAGGGAGCAUGGGGUUCAAGAGCAAUCUUUCUUCGGGGGAAAUUGUGGAGCAAUUGGUGCACGCCUCUCGCAUAUCAACUAUACGCAAUAUUGUGUUUAUGGGAAUGGGGGAGCCAUUAAAUAACUACAAUGCAGUGGUUGAAGCUAUCAGAGUUAUGACAGCUCCUCCAUUUCAGCUGUCACCAAGGAAAAUUACCGUCUCAACGGUUGGCAUAAUCCAUGCUAUUGGCAAGCUACAAAAGGACCUACCAAACUUGAACCUAGCAGUUUCAUUGCACGCGCCAGUUCAAAACAUUCGAUGUCAAAUAAUGCCUGCUGCAAGGGCCUUUCCUCUGGAAAAACUAAUGAAUGCAUUGCGAGAAUAUCAAAAUAGCAGUCAGCAAAAAAUAUUUAUCGAGUACAUAAUGCUUGAUGGCGUGAACGACGAGGAGCAGCAUGCUCACCAGCUUGGCAAAUUGCUAGAGACAUUUCAAUCUGUUGUGAAUUUGAUACCUUUUAAUCCAAUUGGUUCUCUAAGUACAUACAGAACAAGUGAUGAUGAUAAGGUGUUGAAAUUCCAGAGAAUACUCAGGGGAACUUACAAUAUUCGAACCACAAUUCGUAAGCAGAUGGGCCGAGACAUAAGUGGCGCAUGCGGUCAGUUAGUAGUUAAGAAAUCCAAUAAUACUUCACAACUCGUAACUGACAUUGAAGAUAUUCAUAUAUGAUUGUUUCGGAAGGGAAUGAAUAGUGAAGUUUACUGCUCGUUUUCGAUGAAAUUGUGGAUCAAAGGUAAAUUCGUAUGAUUUUUCAAAAUUGGCUGUGUUAAUUGGGGCAGUAGGAUAUGUCAAAACUCAAAAUACUUUGUAGCAAUAUGUCAAAACUCAAAACUCGUUUUCAAAAUACUUUGUUGUAAUAAUCUCAUACUUGUUUCUUUUAUAUACUCGUAAUAUAAAUGAGUUUCUCAAGUCAAAAUGUUAACUUCAAGUACUUAAUAUUUUUUUACCUGUCAAGUAUUUGUGCUUCAUAGUCCGGACUCUGAGUUUUUUGAGGUUUGAUUCAGUUCAU